AUGCGGUAUUGUGCCCAGGGCACCUUCUUCUUCGACGCCCUGUACACCUUGGCGGGAAAUGCCAUUGCCGACCUCAAGGGCGAGCUCCUGCUGAACGAGUUGAGGGCGACCGCCUUUACCGGAAUCUCAGGCACUAUCGGCUUCAACGAGAACGGCGACCGCCUUGCAUCUUACGAACUCCUCGUGAAUGAGCCUGUGACGGAGGGCACAACGAAUCCGACGAACUUGGUGGUGGGAGCGGUUUUCGAUGCCAGCACUGGGGAGCUGACUGUCAGCCAAGACUUGUAUUGGAUGGACGGGCAGAGGGGGGCCAUGCCUCCCGCUGAGCUGACGAACUGCGACCCGGGCUUCUACAAGGAGCCGGCGUCCCGGCAGUGCAAGCCCUGCCCGCUAGGCUUCUACUGCUGGGGUGGCACGCAGCCGAACCGCCAGUGUGCCCGCGGAGCUUUCGCGAACGGUGAACUGCACUCUCUGCCCCUUUGGCAGCUUCGCCGCAGAGGUCGGCUCUGCUUCAUGCAGCGCUUGCCUAUCAGGUGCUUCAGCACAGCCAUCACUCACUUCCUCAGCGUAUGGCCCAAGUACAACCUCGACAAAGGAGAGCAACGGCUUGCUAUUCUUUGCACUGCUGUCUACCUGCUCGUUGCAGCACUCUGGGGCUGGGAUCAAUACCGGAUGGUCACGUAUUCCAGGGAACAUCCAACUUUCAGCUACAGUGAGGGAUCUUUCAUCGACGAGGUGAUGCCAGAGUUCAACAUUACAAUCAUUCCUCUCACCAACUUCAACAGAAGAAAGUACGAUUGUCACAUGGGCAGGUCUCAGUUUCAAAUCUACUUCGUUGGCGGCAAUCGAAGUGUUUACAUUGAUACAGACCAACUCCCCAUAGACCACUUGAAAUGGCACGAUUUUGGCGGGGAUUCCAUCCAAACAGGGCUCUAUUACACAGUCCUGCCCAUACCAUUCCGCUUCGCUUUCCGGAAGAGGUCGACUGGGGCCGUGGAAAGCUACCAAAUACUGAAUGAUUGGUGGCUAGAAGGCCAGAAGUGCCUGAAUGGCUCCUUCCAGCCUACAAAGUGCCCUAGAGAAUCCUCGCGGGUGGACUUCUACUACACCUUUCAUGAGAAUGUCGAGAACGACUCUGCGCAUUGCGUGCCGGACAUUCGCGAUCUCUUCUUGACCUCAGCUGACGCAAGUGAGGUGCUUCAGAAGGCUACUGCUUCAAUGACCUUUGAUUUGGUCGCCUCUCCAGGGAGCAUCGUGCCGAUUCUUGCCAGGUCCUUCAGGGGUGGGAUGUUCAUCCCGGCAAAUCCUACACCUGAUAGAGGGUGCCGCACCGUUUUGCCAGUGUCAAGUGUCGAGACGAACAGGUUUGGCAAAGUAACACAUCGAACGGAGUUUGAAGACUCGAUGCACGCGAUUGUUCAGGGCCUGUCAUUUGAACCAGUGGAAGGCUUUUGUGGCAUGACAUUGAUCCCUCUGACAAAGAAGACGGCCACGUACUACGCGCCGUACGGCCCACUGGACGCACUGACCCAUUGGUUCACGGUCAUGCACGCAUGCUUAGCAGUCGUCUUCUGCCUUUUCAAGUCUUCGCCAAUGGUUCCCUAUUACUACAGACAGGGGCGGUGGGCCGGCGCCUACAGAAAGCUACUUGACGGUGCUGCACAGCGUGAUCUCGAGCUCCAGGGCAUUGAAGAUCCUGGCCACAUGACUGCUCCCGGGCUCCUCUUGUCAGAGACAUCGGAGACCCCAGCCUAG